ACCUGCCCGCCCCGCUCCAGAUGAGGUGUGAGCACUGCACGCGGAAGGAAUGUAGUAAAAAAACAAAAACCAAUGACCAAGAGAAUGCAUCAGUUGACGUACCAAGUCCAGCCCACGAAAGUGGAGAGAAGGGAGAAUUCCAUAAGCUGGCUGAUGCUAAGAUAUUUCUGAGUGACUGCCUGGCCUGUGACAGCUGUGUGUCUGCAGAGGAAGGAGUCCAGGUUUCCCAGCAGAACGCCAAGGACUUCUUCCGAGUUCUGAAUCUUUUUUUUUUUUUUCUUUUUUUUCCCCGAGUUCUGAAUCUUAACAAGAAAUGUGAUACCUCAAAGCACAAGGUGCUGGCAGUGUCGGUGUGUCCUCAGUCUCUGCCUUAUUUUGCUGCUAAAUUCAGCCUCAAUGUGACUGAUACAUCCAGAAGACUCUGUGGCUUCCUCAAAAGUUUUGGGGUGCAUUAUGUCUUUGAUACAACAAUCGCUGCAGAUUUCAGCAUCCUGGAGAGUCAAAAAGAAUUCGUGCGUCGAUUUCGCCAGCACAAUGAGGAAGAGCCCACGUUACCCAUGCUGACCUCUACCUGUCCUGGCUGGGUCCGAUAUGCUGAGUGGGUGCUGGUUCACCCUGUCACUCCUCACCUCUGCACUGCCAAAUCUCCCCAGCAGAUCAUGGGAUCCCUGGUGAAGGACUACUUUGCCAGACGGCAGAACCUGUCCCCAGACAAGAUUUUCCAUGUCAUCGUGGCCCCAUGCUAUGACAAGAAGCUGGAGGCCCUUCAGGAAGAUGUUCUUACAGCCUUGCGGGGUUCCCGGGGCACCGACUGCGUGCUAACCUCAGGAGAAAUUGCUCAGAUGAUGGAGUAAAGUGACCUCUCAGUGAGAGAUGUUGCACUAGACACUCUGUUUGGAGAUGUGAAGGAAGAGGAGGUUAGGUGCCACGACGGAACCAGCUCCGACGGGUACCUGGUGCACAUCUUCAGACAUGCGGCCAAGUUGCUGUUCAACGAGGAUGUGGGGGAGGUCACCUACCGCACCCUGAGGAACAAAGACUUACAGGAGGUCACCCUCGAGAAGAGCGGGGAGGUUCUCUUGCGUUUUGCUGCUACUUAUGGCUUUCGAAACAUCCAGAACGUGGUCCUAAAGCUGAAGAAGGGCAAGUUCCCAUACCACUUUGUGGAGGUUCUCGCCUGUGCCGGGGGAUGCCUUAAUGGCAGAGGCCAAGCCCAGACCGAGGAUGGGCGCACGGACAAGGCCCUGCUGCAGAAGAUGAAAGGCAUCUACGCUGACAUACCCGUGCAGCUCCUGGAGACCAGCACCCACGUGCAGGAGCUGUACCAGGAGUGGCUGGAUGGCACUGACUCCCCCCAAGUCCAGGAAGCCCUGCAUACUGCGUACCAGUGCCCAGGGCAUCCUGCUAACAGCCGAGACAUCAAGUGGUGA